AUGGUUAUUCCAAACUACACCACCAUGUCUACCUCUGACCAACAAGCAAUCCGGCGUCAAGAAUCUCAAUCUCAAGCUCAAGAUCAAGGGCAGCCGGAGCCCCACCACCACCAACAACACCAACCGACACCAGUAGCAUCGGCCUCUACAGAACUUCAACAACAGACACCGGAAACUCAGCAGCAACAGGUCCCUCAAGACGGAAGCAGCGGUGAUUCGAGUGAGAGCUCUCUAGAAAUCAUUAAGGAUUAUUUCCGAGACGACAGCCCAUAUAUACAGCCACAGCCACAGCCACAUCCGCCCGUUCUCGCCGUCGGAGGACCCGGAGGCAAGCAGCAGCAAGAAGAGCAAGAGCAAGUCCAGGGCCAGCGCCAGCGCCAGGUCCAGAGCCAUGAAGAACCAUCAAAGGACAACGAGAAUGGCAUCGUCAUCAACAUCGAGGAGCGGCGGCGUGUAAACUUUGAGGAUGUUCCUCUCCAAGCCGAUGACAACAACAAAGAUGCACCACAGCCCCCUGAACAUAACAAUGAAGAUGUCGCAGCAGCAGCGCCCAAUCCCGAUGACCUUUUUCCUCCCGAUGCAGCUCCUCCGCUGGAGAUGCCUCUCAAGGAGUAUAUCUUUCUCUGUUUGGGAGUCGGCUUCGGCCUCUUCCUCUCCAUGCUAGACACCACCAUCGUUGCCACCUCUCUGUACGAAAUCGGUACCGAGUUCGACGCCUUGGACACGGUCAACUGGGUCGCUUUGGCUUACACGCUGGCUUUUGUCGGAUGCGCCAUCUUGUUCGCCAAGGUGUCGGACGUGGUGGGGCACAGAUACGCGUUCGCGGCCGCCUAUGUGCUCUUUGUGGCCUUCUCGAUAGAAUGCGCGGACGCCGAAAAGUUGAGGGACUUAGUCAUUUGCCGCGCGUUUCAGGGCGUCGGCGGCGCGGGCUUGUACAGCCUGGCGAUUAUCAUACUGACGGAGGUGACGCCGCUCCGGUGGAAGAAGUUCAUCGGGGCAAUCAUCGGGGUCAUCAUUGCGCUUGCUGGUGUACUGGGGCCGGUCUUGGGUGGUGUGCUGACGAAUUAUUUGACCUGGCGGUGGAUCUUUUGGAUCAAUAUUUCUGGCAUCGUAGGCUUGGUAGCGUUCUGGUUUGCAUGGCCUCGUCCAGAGCAUCUACCUGCUUAUCAACGUAGGUCGUGGUGGCAGACUGAUAUGCUAGGAUCAUUUUUGCUCACGGGAGCCACCGUUUUGAUCACAUACGCCUUCCAAAGCGUGAGGGUAGGUUUCGGGUGGAACGAUAACCUGUUUAUAGGACCGCUGGUCGGCGGUUUCGGCUCCUUGAUCCUCCUCAUGGUCUGGACCUUGCUCGUUGACAACACAUAUUUGAAAAUCCGGACGACUACAGUCAUCCCGAUGGUACUCAUCAAGAACCACGUGUAUGUCUUGAUGGCUGCAAGCACGUGGUGUCUGGGCUUUGGCUAUCUCAUGGCACUGUACGUCUUCCCGAUGAGAUUCAGGGUUGUCAAUGGGUACAGCGCUCUCCAGGCCAGCGUCGUGCUUCUGCCCAUGCUUGGAUUAUCGGCGCUGGGUAGCAUGGUGGCUCCGGGACUUAGCAAGAAGCGCAACGUGCUGCACUGGACCAUAGCAGGCGGCGGCAUGUUGAUAACUCUUGGAACUGCUUCAUCGGCAGGCAACGCAAUGUCAGCCCGUCGGUUCGGUACCACGCUGUACGCGGUUUACGUGGGGCUCGUUGGUCUCGGGUUCGGCCUCAGUGCUGCAGCAGCGACAAAUCUUGCGAUUGUCGAGUCGCCCGUGUACGAACAUGCCACGGCGCAGGGACUGGUAGCUCUGCUUCGCAUAAUGGGCGGUAGCAUUGGUAUUGCCGUCUCAGGCGCCGUGCUUGGUAUUCAGGGUUCUUCUGGCACUCCGUUGGAUCCGGAAAAGUAUACCAAGGCGCUGGAGACGUCCAUGGUCAUUGCUUCUGCAAUUGCGGCACUUGGUACAGUUUGCGCCCUCCUCGCUCGUCGCUGGAUCCAAUUGCCUAUCGAGGUCAUGAUGCAGAGGCGCGAUGAAGCGGAAGCUCGUCGGCAAGCGGAACUGGCCCCAAAGAGAAAAGCAGAAAGACUACUCAAGAGGCUUAGGCAGCAGGCGAGGACCGGUCGACGUCAAGGUGAAGAGUAA